AUGAAAAGAUGUCGCUAGUUUUACAUAACCACAUAUACAUUCCGUUUGCAAUAUAAGUAAUCAUAUUUAUAAAAUAAGAUUAUUUUAGACACUUUAUUAUGGUUUGAAAAAAUAAUCCACUUCCUUCGUGUUUAUGUUACUAUUGUAUACUCUAUCCCUAAUAUAACUGUCAUUGGUCAGUAGAAUUCAACAGCAAGUUGUUAGUUUCCCGCUCUUUUUUGGCAUUAUGAGAAUAAUUUUUGUAGGUUCUAAAUUCUUUUCAUAUCUCUUUUGCAGAAUAAAAUUCAAUGUCACUAUUAAAUUUUAUCUAAUUCGUGUAUUACUAUUACAUUGUUGCACUUGUUAUUAUGGAUCCCUAUGAAAUAGAGUUUAUUGGGGAAAAUAGGAUAGUGAGCAUAAUACCAAAUUUUUCUUACGAUAAAAUUUAUUUAAUUUGUGGGGAAUUUGGGCCAUUCCGUGCUGGUUUACCAAUGAAUGUGCCACUAUGGUUAGCUGUGAUGUUAAAACAAAAGCAAAAGUGUCGUAUUGUUCCACCGGACUGGAUGGACAUAGAGAUCUUAGAAGGUAUUAAAGAAGAAGAGAAAAAAUCGAGAUUUUUCACCAAAAUGCCAAAUGAGCAUUACAUGGUGGAAGCUAAGCUGAUCCUCGGAGCGGCUAAUGAAGAUAUUCCAAGAGCAGCUGAGAUAAAAACUAUAAUUAAGGAUAUCUGGGACAUCCGCAUGUCAAAGUUAAGAACAUCUAUGGAUGCACUCAUGAAGUCGGGAGGAUCUUAUGGUAGAUUAGAUCACUUAACCAUGAUGGAGAUAAAUUCAGUCAAACCAAUUUUGCCGGAGGCCAUGGAUGAGUUGUACAGAAUCAAAGUGACGAGCAGAAAAACUAUACCGGCCACUCUGAACAGUUCCACCUACAGUCAGUCAGGGACUUCUCAAAACACUUGACAUUAUGAGCGACUGGUAUAGGGAUUACACAGCAAAAAGAAAAAUACGAGUUGAAUUGACAACUUGAACAAGAACAGAUGUCCUAUCCACAACCAUUACUGGAUAAUGUUGUGUCUUGUAAGAUUUUAUGUAAAUAAAUUGGGAUCAUUUUAUAAAUAUUGUAUAUAUUUUUUUUAUUAAUUUUCAACAAAUGAAAUGUAUAAAUUUGUCAUUAAUAAAGUUUCAUAAUCUGUGGUAACUGAAAUUGCUGAAGAGUUAGUAUUUUAAUAUGUAUGUAAAUA